GAUUUUGUUACAAGAAUAACCCAAUAGGCACCGAGCAAAAGUUGGAGUCUACUGACAAAACUUUGGAGUCCAUUGCUCCAAGAUCGUCUGUGAUCUCCUCGCCCCAUUACGUAUUGUUCGUUGCUUUGCAGACCCUCCUCUCUUUUUACAGGGAUCUCGUUCCCAUCUCUUUCGAUAUCGUUCCAAGAUUUCAUCCACACCAAAUGUUUGAAGAAAUGCCUGAACGAUGGUUUCAUUUAUCACUUCCUCAAACGCGCAUUAUUUGAUUUCGCCUGUUGUUUCCUCCCUUGGGUUAGGAACCAAUUUUAAGAUUAGGACACGAGCUGUGUUAGUUUUGGUGAAAAAGGACAGGUUUUGGGGGUUUAAAGAGUUGAAGAAAACAAGAAGAAGAAGUGGGGUUUUGUGUAAAGGGUCGUUGGAAAGUGAGGCAGAGUUGGUUUUGGAGAGAGAGAUUUUGGAGUUCAUGAAGGUUUCAAGGAACCCAAACGAUUUCCCAACCAAGAAAGAAUUGUUGGAUGCUGGAAGAAUUGAUUUAGUCAAUGCAAUUAUCAAGAUAGGUGGUUGGCUUGCAUUAGGUUGGGAUGAUUAUGAUGAUGAAAACGAAUUGGACAUAAAGGAAGUUGAUAACAUUAUGGAUCUACAUACAAGAAUCAGAAGUUGUCAGCAGAAUAAUGAUGAUUCUGACCCUUCUUUGAAUUGUAGUUCAUCUCAUCAAUUGGCUUCAUCCUCUGGUAGAUCACUAGGUACAGUAGAUCAGGAAGAUGCAGGGAUUGAAGGUAUACUUUAUAGAUUGGAGAAAGAUAGAAGCUUGUCUUUUGGCAUUAGUAUGCUAGAAAAUGGACAUGAUACUUAUGCUUCGAGCAAGGACAAUGGCGGUCACAGAGGUUGCUCGUCAGCUGAUGUGGCUGCGGAGAUCAAUUGUGGUGAAAAGUUAACAAGAGGAGAAGAGGACUCGAAAGAUAAAGUGCUUGGUACACAAGGAGAUACCGAACUUCAGGAGAGGCACAAGGAGAUAAAUUCAAAUUACAUAAUAUCUCGAUUUCAAGACAUGCAACUUGAGCUUUCUUCAUCCCUUUGCUUACUGCGGUCUAAAAGUGACAAAAAUAAUCCAGAGGGUCAUAAAAGAUCGUCCAAUGAGCUACAACAGCUUCCUGAUACACGGGAAUUCCAAGAAAACGAGUUUAUGAAUACCAAAGAUAGGUUGAGAUCAAUACGUGCAGAGCUAGCAGUAUUAGAAAGAGAGAUGGGAUUAUCAAUUAUUAAUUUACGAAAAAGAGUUGAGGAGAAACAAAGGAGAAGUGAUAACGGAUGUAGAGCUUUGCAUCUUCUUCAUUACACCAGCAUAAUUUGGCCUAAUUCGGCCUCAGAAGUUCUCUUAGCAGGAUCUUUUGACGGUUGGACCACUCAGAAAAAGAUGAAAAGAUCAAAGACGGGUGUUUUCUCUUUGUCUUUGCAGUUGUAUCCCGGAAGGUAUGAGAUUAAAUUUGUCGUUGAUGGUGUUUGGAGAGUUGAUCCUUUACGACCUAUCAUAAACCACAACGGGUAUGAGAAUAACAUUCUUAUCAUCCCCGAAUGAAGAUAUGAGCGCAACGGCAACCCGAUGAGAAAGCCAUGGCAAUGGCACACAACUUGGUAGCUUCUUUAUAAUACUUAUUAUUCUUUACAAUGUUUAC